UUGCUUACUCUGUUUUAUCACAUUUCAUCUUAUCUGGAAUGGGGAAACGCAAAUCCCCCGACAAGGCCGCCGGCCGCGAGAAAGAAUGGGAUAGAGUUUUCAACGCUUUAGUGACGUUAUCCCAGAAUCUGCAGAAAGAUAGGCGGUUUCUUGAAGAAAGACGAAAAUCUUUGCACCAAGUUAUUUAUAAGAUGAAAAAGGAGCAGAAAGUUGAGUCUGCAAAAGCGGAACUUAUGUUGGGUUUGAAGGACAGGGAGGCUUUCACUUACAAGCAAAGAUAUGGAAAGGCAAGAAUACUGUCACUCGUGGAAGGGGUGAAACAUCAAAAAAAGAAUCAGAUCCUUUGCAGACCUCUAAGAAGAUGGCUCAUAGAAAGCGAAGUGCUCGUAAGUCAACUGAAGGAAAGGCCCCUUGGCAGCAAUUCAAUAGAAAGAAAGCGAAGUGCUCGUAAGUCAAGUGAAGGAAAGGCCCCUAGGCAGCAAUUCAAUCUACAGAUGGCUCAUAGAAAGCGAAGUGCUCGUAAGUCAAGUGAAGGAAAGGCCCGUAGGCUGCAAUUCAAUCUAAAGGCCGCCGGCCGCGAGAAAGAAUGGGAUAGAGUUUUCAACGCUUUAGUGACGUUAUCCCAGAAUCUGCAGAAAGAUAGGCGGUUUCUUGAAGAAAGACGAAAAUCUUUGCACCAAGUUAUUUAUAAGAUGAAAAAGGAGCAGAAAGUUGAGUCUGCAAAAGCGGAACUUAUGUUGGGUUUGAAGGACAGGGAGGCUUUCACUUACAAGCAAAGAUAUGGAAAGGCAAGAAUACUGUCACACGUGGAAGGGGUGAAACAUCGAAAAAAGAAUCAGAUCCUUUGCAGACCUCUGAGAAGAUGGCUCAUAGAAAGCGAAGUGCUCGUAAGUCAACUGAAGGAAAGGCCCCUAGGCAGCAAUUCAAUAGAAAGAUGGCUCAUAGAAAGCGAAGUGCUCGUAAGUCAAGUGAAGGAAAGGCCCCUAGGCAGCAAUUCAAUAGAAAGAUGGCUCAUAGAAAGUGAAGUGCUCGUAAGUCAAGUGAAGGAAAGGCCCCUAGGCAGCAAUUCAAUCGAAAGAUGGCUCAUAGAAAGCGAAGUGCUCGUAAGUCAAGUGAAGGAAAGGCCCCUAGGCAGCAAUUCAAUAGAAAGAUGGCUCAUAGAAAGCGAAGUGCUCGUAAGUCAAGUGAAGGAAAGGCCCCUAGGCAGCAAUUCAAUCUAAAGAUGGCUCAUGGAAAGCGAAGUGCUCGUAAGUCAAGUGAAUGGAAGGCCCGUAGGCUGCAAUUCAAUCUAAAGGUAUCUUCGCAUUCCUUAUUCUGUUAUGCUUAGAUAUGCAUGCAUGCAAAACGAUAUGUUGCACCCUUUGGAAAUACUGGACUAACACCCAAUUCCGGCGAAAUAUAUUCUCGUUGCACCUUUGCCCUUCUCUGAAUAUGAUGUUUCCAUGGAGGAAAAGUUAGUAUAGUUGUGGUAUUGAGCUCACCUUAGAUACCUUUUUAACAAAUAAGAACCUAGCUAGGGAAGAGGCUUACAUCUGCCUAAAAUAUAGGAUACUUAUUUUUCAGUUUUACUUAGUUAAUUUUUUGGCUCAACAUUUUCCAAUUUGUUAUUAAUUGGAUUUUCUCUCAAAGUCCAUGAUAUAGAUUGUCGUUUGGUCAAAGCAAAAUCCAAACAUAUGCAUUAUGUUGAGCAAAAAAUUUAGUCAAGGCAAAACCCUCUUCCAUGGUUCUGUAUUUGUCGAAAAGUUUCUAGGAUACCACACUUAGAAUGCUUUUCCUCCACUAGAACACCAUUAAUCAGAGAUUCCGGGCUUAUAUUAGAAGAGCUCGAAUCAGUAGUUUGGACUAUGACAACUUUACCUCUAAUCCUAUUUUUUCUUCAUGUCUUUCCUUCUACCCCCUCAUUGCCCCCCUCCUUUUCAUCCUUCUCUAUAAUUUAUAUCUCCUCCAUCAUCAUCUCAAAAGAAGGUGUCGAAUAGACUGUGCAUGCCCUAGCAGCUUCUGAAGAGAAGGACCAGCAAUUUUUUUUUUUUUUUUUUUUAUGAUUUCCUUUUGGUCUUGAGUUUUUCUUUGUUCUAAAAUUUUCCUUUGUACAAGACUUUUUUAAAUUAUCUAAAUUACUAAAAUUUCUUGAAGCUAUUGUUGCCGAGGUGUUUAGCUAUUGGUUUUGUCUAACUAAAAUUAAAAUAUCUCUGCUAACAUUUUCCAGCCAAAUAUUAUGACGCUCAAUUUCCUUUUCUUCUUUCACCCUUCUUGUCGUAUCCCUGUAGCAAUCUAACUGUAGUGUUCUUGCUAGGUCUAGAAGUGCGGGUAUGAUAUACGCACUCAACUUUAUGACGAAGAACUUCUGAAAAUACUUGAUACAUUUACAUUUAUUGGUAUAGUUUUUACUUGUCAGUUUAUAAUGAUAGCUAGGUAUGGUCCUUAUAAUGCAUGUCUUAAACUGUUUACAUAUUUGGUGUGUGCACCUGUAGUUGUUCCGCUGUGCUCUCCUAC